UAAAACUGAGCAACUGGUCAAAACACAAAGAGGGUGUGACUAUUAUAAAAAUUGGACUAUUAGAAAAAUUGUCUGUGUAACAUCAUGCAUCAUUCACCUAUACCCCCAUAUAAACAUCAGCUUCUUCUUCUUCUUUAAAAUUUUAAUUUCAACUACCUUCUCUCUUUCUCUCUCGCCCAAUCUAUCUCUUUCUCAAUGAAGCAUAAUCAAGCUCUUCAUGAUUUUCCCCAUGGGAAAAACCAAAACCAAUCACUUCUUGUUCAGAAAUCACCCAAACUAGUACUUGUAAUAGCAUUCUCUUCCCUUGUUUUCCUCACCAUUUUUAUCCCUCUCUGCUACCCUUCCAUAAGCUACUCUUCAUUGCUCUUUCAAAGCAUUUCAAAACCACCUCCUAAUUCCGAUGAUUAUAACCAUGACCAUAAAUUUGUUUAUGAUCAUACAGCUUUGCCAUCUUCUUCUUCUUCCACAAACGAGUGUGAUUUAUUUUCAGGGGAAUGGGUUCCAAAUCCAAAAGCUCCUUAUUACACUAACAAAACAUGUUGGGCAAUUCAUGAGCACCAAAACUGUAUGAAAUAUGGUAGACCUGAUUCUGAGUACAUGAAAUGGAGGUGGAAACCAGAUGGGUGUGAGCUUCCUAUUUUCAACCCGGCUCAGUUCUUGGAAUUGGUCAGAGGCAAGUCUUUGGCCUUUGUUGGUGACUCUGUGGGUAGAAACCAAAUGCAGUCUUUGAUUUGCCUCCUCUCUAGGGUGGAAUAUCCUAUAGAUGUGUCAUACACACCAGAUGAGCAUUUCAAGCGCUGGAGAUACACAACCUACAACUUCACCAUGGCAACACUUUGGACACCUCAUUUGGUUAAAGGCAGAGAAUCUGAUCCUAAUGGUCCAACUCACACCGGCCUCUUCAGCCUCUACCUCGAUGAAUUCGACGAGGAAUGGACAACCCAAGUUGAAGAAUUCGAUUACAUUAUAAUCUCAGCAGGCCACUGGUUUUACCGUCCACUUGUUUUUUAUGAAAAUGGAAAGAUCGUUGGGUGCCAUUACUGCCUCCUUGACAAUGUGACAGACUUAGGAAUGUACUAUGGCUAUAGAAAAGCAUUUAGGACAGCUUUCAAGGCCAUCAACAGCUUGAAAAACUACAAGGGAAUAACAUAUCUAAGGACUUUUGCACCAUCACAUUUUGAAAAUGGGUUGUGGAAUGAAGGUGGGAAUUGUGUUAGGACAAAGCCAUUUAGGAGCAAUGAGACUCAUUUGGAAGGUCCAAAUUUGGAGCUUUACAUGACCCAAUUGGAGGAAUUUAGGACUGCUGAGAAAGAAGGGAGAGAAAGGGGUUUGAAAUUCAGGCUGCUUGAUACAACACAGGCUAUGUUAUUGAGGCCAGAUGGUCAUCCUAGUAGAUAUGGUCAUUGGCCACAUGAAAAUGUGACUUUGUAUAAUGACUGUGUUCACUGGUGCUUGCCUGGACCCAUUGAUAAUUGGAAUGAUUUCUUGUUGGAGAUGAUGAAGAAUGAACGACUCAGAUCUGCUGAGGAGGAGAAAAAUCUGUACUCCAAUGAUAGGAAAUUGCUCGUGAAAUAGAUUUUUUUUAUUUAUUAUUAAUUGUUUUUGUAUUUAAAAUGGUGUUUUCUUUUUUCUUGUUGCUUCAUCGUGCUAAAUUUUAUUUGAAAAAUAUAAGAACGGUAUAAAAUAGGACAUGAAAUGAUUCAUGGAUUACCCAAAAUCAUGGAUAUGCAUAUAUGAGUAACUGUAUUCUUUGUGAUUCUGCAUAUUGAAGUUAUAUAAGAUUCCCAAAUUCCCACCAA